AUGUCAUCAAGUCCGUUCCCCUACACGUGCGAAUUAUGUGGUGCAGAAGGACUUACAGACGAGGGUAUGAGGUCACACACGUUGGAGGCACACGUAGCCGGGCGACCAGAGUGCCCCUUCUGCGAUUGUGCUGUUCCACAGCCUCAACUAGUCAGCCAUGUGCAAAGGGCUCAUCUGCACUAUCUCACUCCAGAGAGGGAACUGAUGGCUUUUAUAGAUGAUCAGAGUCCGAGUUACGAUGAGGACUCCAAAAUGACCACUACAGAUAGUUGUAGUUACAAUACUCCAGGUUCAAUCAACGGUUGGCAUAGUCCAGACACUUCUUCAUCAUACCACAGUGGAGCUAUAUCUAAAAACAUUAACUAUCAAAAUGGAUUCCAAGAAAAAGAGGGUUACAGGAACGAUUAUAAGAGCGAAAAAGAUGACGAUAAAUACUCACGGUCCCCUAAAAAUAUAAAUUUAUCCAAUGGUCUGAAGAAUAUUAACAUAAACAACGGUGUGAUACCAAAGAAAAUACAAAGUAGGCAAAAUUCUAAUGAUGGUGAUUCUGUUAAUGGUUAUGAAAAGAAAGGUGCACAUUCUAGUCCAAGCCAUAACAGCAAUAACUAUGAAGGCUCACCUAACAAGAGUAAAUUAGCAAUGGCUAGUGCAGGUCAGGGUUCUCCACUCAGAUCACAAUUAGCACUAAAACUUAAAGCUAAUACACCCAAGAAAUCAGUGCCUACACCUAGUCCUACAGUGCAGUGCCUCCUCUGCGAUUUCAAAUCAACAUGUCCAAGAAAACUGGAGGAACACAUAAACCGUGCACAUUUCGAUCUCACAUCUCCUUCUGUGUUGGGAAAUGCGAACGCUAACUCCGAAAACCCAACAUUAACAGGGAACAAUCCGACAUUGACUCUGGAUAACCCUACGUUAGCCCUGAGCGCUAUGGCCCUGUCGCCAGGACCCCACGGGUCUACUUUCCAAUGCCCCAUAUGCGAGAAAGAGUUUUCUAGUGGUCCUGAUGUGGAAGUCCAUGUUAACGUUGAACACAGAGAUAUUUUGAGUCCUCAAAAAUCGGAUCAAGUAGACAAUGCCUCGUGUGAGGAUGUUGUGAUGACAGAGGAGAGUCCGGUUAGCAACUGUCCUGUGUGCUGUCAACCGCUGCCGCUAUCACAACAUGAAUUGAUCCAACACAUAGAAGAACACUUUGAAAGAGGAGAGGAGAGUGGAGCAGUAGCACUUACAGCAGCGGAGAGAGAAGCCCAAAGGAGCAGAGAGGAACAUGAGUUCCAGCUGUUACGAGCACAGUACGGCAUGGAGGAGGACGAGGAAGGGUACACUAACCGCGCGACGAACAGCCUGAAGCGCGCGGUGUACAGCGGCGCGCUCUCCGUCGCCGGAUACUACGAGCGCAGCGUCGGGCUCCGGAAGGCCUCCGCGCUCGGCAGGGACACUGGCUCAUCCAGGACAGACGAUAGAUUGAUAAUUCUUUUCUGGAAAAUAAAGCAAGAAGAAGUUAAGGAUGUGUUGAAGGAUCCCGCAAAGAAUGCUCCAGACCCAAUCCACAAAAUUAAAUUUGCCCCUCCUAAGCCAAAUCCUGGAUCCGAUGUUUGUAGAGUAGGCUAUGACCUCACGUUUAUGUCUAUUGACGACGGAAAAUGCAAAAGAUUCGGAGAGUAUUCUGGAGAGGAUAGCGUCGCUGAAUGCUCAGAACCCGAGCAUAGUACGCACGUACCUGUGCGGCGGCGUCGACCACUACGCCAGCACGUACGGAGACCGUGGCUGGGGCUGCGGGUACAGAUGGUGCUGUCGUCGCUGCUGCGGCACCCGCCGUACGCGGCGCUGCUGGGCGGCGCGGCGGCCGAGGGCGGCGGCGUGCCCGCCAUCCCGCGCCUGCAGCUCUUGGUGGAGCGCGCCUGGGCGAUGGGCAUCGACACACAGGGUUCGGAACAAUUAGGUUCAAAGUUACACAACACACGCAAGUGGAUCGGAGCUUGCGAGGUGGUCACCGUACUGUCUUCAUUCAGGAUAAAAUGUCAGCUAAUAGAUUUCCACAAGCCGACGGGCGAGGACGGCAGUCACCCGGCAUUGUUCGACUGGGUGUUGAGGUACUUCAGGGACGAUCCCACCGCGUACAAGGCCCCGUUGUAUCUCCAACAUCAAGGUCAUUCCCGUACUAUAAUAGGUUAUGAAAAACAUAAAGAUGGCAAAGCGACACUACUCGUAUUAGACCCUUCACAUUCUCCUGCACAGGUCCGUCAGGUGUUGUGCGGCGGCACGUCCGCGGGGGCCGCGGCGUUGCGGCUGCUGCGGCGCGGCUCGUGCGCGUUGCGCGCGCGACAGUACCAGUUGCUGUGCGUCACCGGCGUCAUCAGUACCGAGCAGGAGUUCCAGAUGACCAAUGAGCUGGUCAAAAGGCAAAUGGAAAUCCUAGGCAUAUUCUCAUGUGGGAGUGGUAGUGGUAGUGGUGGUGGCCGGGCCAGUGAAAUAUCAGAACCUAGCAACAAGGUCGUGGUGCAAAACGCAUAUAUCGCACACCUAGAUCUAAACUGA